CGGAUUCACAAAAGUCACGUGCGCGCGUUCUCGUUUUACCGUGUUUGCAUAAACAUAGAUUAAAACCAUUCAAAUUGCACCAAAUAAUGAAUUAUUAACAGGUUCAUAUAACAUAUACACAAGGACACGCUCUAAAAAAAGUUAAACGAUAAACAUAUAGAUUUUCUAAAAUAACAAUAGACACGUUAGACGUCCUCUGACGUCAUUAUCCGAACCACAGCACCAGGAAGUUCAGGUAUAUGUUCAGCAAACGAGUUUGUUUUCAGGUAACUUUCGCAGGACAUCAGUGCUGAAAAAUUCCGUGGACAUUUUUAAAGGGUUCGCUGAAAUUACAAUUCAUUUGCUUGUUUUUGUAGCCCGUGGCUGUAAUUUAUAACAAGAACUUCAGUCCACCCAGGGUUUCGGAAUGGGGAAAGAGGAUCCCAAAGUUAGUAAACCUGAUAACACAGCAUUCACCCAGCAGAGACUGCCUGCCUGGCAGCCCAUCCUGUCUGCUGGGAUUGUGUUGCCCCUGUUCGUUGUUAUUGGAUUGACCUUUAUUGGGAUUGGAAUCGGUCUUUUCAUCACCUCCAGUAAUGUUCAAGAGAUUGAGCUGGAUUAUACAGGUGACCAGCAGGGGUCCCCAUGUGCUGGCUGCACCACUAAUGCAACAACAAAUUGCAAGUGUACAUUGCCCUUCAAGAUAGAAAAUAAAUUUGAGGGACCUGUUUUCAUGUACUAUGGCUUAACAAAUUACUACCAGAACUAUCGGAAGUAUGGAAUUUCCCGGGAUGACGACCAGCUUUUCGGAAAUAUCGACAGUCUAAAGAGUCCAGCAAAUUUUUGUUCUCCAUACCAGAUGGGUGCAAAGCAGAUGCCAAUCGCUCCCUGUGGAGCUAUCGCAAACAGUCUUUUUAAUGACACCUUCAGGCUGUUUUAUAAGGUUAACGAGGUCUACACUGAAGUGUUGUUGGAUGACAAUGGAAUCUCAUGGUGGACAGAUUACAAUGUGAAAUUCAGAAACCCACCAGAAAUAAAUGGAAGUUUGAAAAAUGCAUUUGAAGGAACAGUGAAGCCUUUGAACUGGCCCAAGCCUGUUUAUGAGCUGAGCACAAACCCCAACAACAAUGGAUUUAUUAAUCAGGACUUUCUGGUGUGGAUGAGAAUUGCAGCUCUGCCAAACUUUAGGAAACUCUACCGUCGGAUAUCGGAGGGAAACUGGUCUCGAAGCUUGCCUGCCGGAAACUACAGCCUUGAAAUAACCUAUAAUUAUCCAGUGCUUAGUUUUCAAGGAAAGAAGAAAGUGGUUUUCAGCACUGUGACUUGGAUGGGGGGGAAGAACAGCUUCCUGGGAAUCGCCUACCUGGUUUUUGGGAGUCUUUGCAUUGUCAUGGCUCUCAUAAUGCUGAUUGUAUAUGCAAAAUAUCAGGUCCAGAUAGACCGUGAUAUGUGAGUGCGAUCUCCUGCAUUUAUUCACAUGAGGAGGAUUACUUGUUGUCUUUGAUCUUUAGGUAAUGGCUUUACCCAUCUGUGAAAGCUGCUGGACUGGAUUAGUUGAAUAAGUGUGGCUGGUUUUGAAACCGGUACCUCAAGUCAGGCUCAUGAUGUAAAAAUCUAAGGAGGCUUAUGUUAAGAAAUGAGAGUCUAACUGUAUUGGACCUCACACUGCGCUUUUCGUUUGUUCCCGACAGGGUCAGAGUCUUAUCAAGAUUAAAAAUCACAUUUAGUGAUGUUGUUUUAACAGUACAACUACAUUAGGUUAUUAAAUAAUUCUUGCACUACAUUAAGAAAAACCGGGCCCUGUUCAUAAAAGUUACAUCCCUUCUUUUGUAAGUAUAUGUCUGCUUUCUUUUAACGGUUAAGAAACAUUAGAACAGACCGCAAAGAGAAAGAAAAAAAAAAAAAAUCUAUAAAUAAAAUGUGCUAAAGUUUUGCCUUUAAUCAGGAGUUGAUUGGCUCAACAUAUACCCCACCAGGAUACCCCACAGCUGCAUUGUACAGUAUCAGGAAAUCCACCUGGAUUGCAUCAAGAGCCUUUGUAUUACAGGUAAUCCAAGGAUAACCGUGGAUAGGUGGUUGAUACAAUCCACAGUCAUUUCCCAGGGCAAUAAAUCAGAUGUGGUUUAUCCAUAUGGGGUAUAGUAUCAAAUCAACCUGUGUCACAAUGGGCUUGCAGUGAAUUUUACGUGAACAAAAAAGCAUUAACUAAAUUCAGGUAAAAUUCAUAAAAAUCAUUUUGAUAGAAAUCCUGACAAUUAUACAUUUCCAAAUUAUUUAUUGUGAUACUUGAUAAACAUGCAUUUUGAAAUGUAUCUCUAGGCAUUUUAGAUGUAUUUAUUCCUUGCAUGUUGUUGCUGAUUAAGGGGGAUAACCGGGUAGAAGCUCCAACCUUUAUAACCGUACUGUGAAAACCACAAAUCUAAUCGUGUUUGAUAAUUCAUUAGAUUACAAAAAAGCAGCAGAUUCAAUAAAGCAGUAGGUUUAGAAUUGAAAACAAAGGAAAUGCGAUUUCUACAGAACGCAGUAAUUCAUUUCUAUUGGGAAUUGUUAAGCGAUUUGUACUGUAUUUGUCUAUCUAUAAAUGUGAAAUAUGCUAAGAGAGUUGUUCUUUUUUUCUACAGCAACGGAUAGUACGGGGUGUGUCUUACGUUGUUUAAAAAGGUUGGGGAUUCUGCUUGUCUGUCUAUUUUUUAUUUUCAUUGUAUGUGGAAGGUUUAUGGUAAUGUGUUUUUUACUUUUCGGUUAAAUGCGGGUUAGGCAUUGGAUUGAUCUGAGCCCUUAGUUAGAAAUAAUUGUCUGUUCCAAGCUUUUGCACUGAUAUAUAACUGGUCUAAAAAAAAAAAAAAACUGAAACUGGAUACUUCUCAAGAAAAAGCUAAACAAACACGCCUCCAUAAAAAACAUAAAACCUGGAUUUCAUUUUCAGAUUAAUACUGCUGUGGCAGGACAGCAGGAAAAAUAAAUGAAAUUUUAAGAUCUAUUAUAUUUUUGAUUUCUACUGUUGGACAGUUCAGUUUUUAAAAAUAAAUGUCAAACUAGGACUAUACUAAAAAUCAGUCCCUUUACAUUUUUUUCCUAGGAAAUACAAUACAGUGGGCUUUUUCAAAAGUGAACUAAGUGGGGAAACUAAAACUUUUUGAAAAUGUGUAUGAAAAUAUAUAUUUUUUUCAUUCAUGAGGCUCAAAAUCAGUUCAAUAGGAUGUUCAUAGAGAAUUGCUUGGUCUCUUUGUACCACUAUGGUCUAGUACUUGAAUAGCUCUCUGUUUACACUGAAUAUGAUACUGUGCCUUUUGUGUUUCUGAAAUAGCACAGUUCAAUAUUGUUCUUGUUUUUAUUUUGUGGAUUCUUUUAAUAAGAUGUGCUGCUGUACAGUACACUAAAAAAAAAUCACACUUUGCACCUUUUUUAAACCAAACUGUGUACUGUAAGGGAAUUCGGGGUUUUGGACUACACUGUUUUAUGUGCCUUUGUUUUAUAUACUAUGACUGUGAACUGCAGCCAACUAAAUAAAACAUACCUUCACUAA